AUGGAACCACUGACUCUGUUCAUCGGAAUCAUAGGGAAUGUCAUCUCGGUGCUAAUGUUCCUCUCUCCUGCGGGGACAUUUUGGAGAAUUGUAAAGAACCGCUCGACGGAAGACUUCGAGAGCCUGCCUUACAUUUGCACGCUGCUGAACGCUUCCUUGUGGACGUAUUACGGCGUCAUCAAGCCCGGAGCUUACUUGGUCGCCACCGUCAAUGGCUUCGGCAUCGUCGUCGAGAUCGUCUACGUGGCGCUCUUCAUCACCUACGCGCCCCGCAAGAUGAAGGUGAAGACGGGAACCCUAGUGGGGAUUCUGAACGUAGGGUUUCUAGCGGCGGCGACGGUGGUCACAUGGCUGGCGUUGGAAGGAGAGGCCAGAAUCGACGCCAUCGGGUUCAUUAGCUCCGCCUUGAACAUCGUCAUGUACGGCUCACCGCUGGCGGCCAUGAAAACAGUGGUGACAAGCAAGAGUGUGGAGUACAUGCCAUUCUUGCUCUCCUUCUUCCUCUUCUUGAAUGGUGGGAUUUGGACAUUCUAUGCCUUCCUCACCAAAGAUCUUUUCCUUGGGGUGCCGAAUGGGACGGGGUUCUUGCUUGGAGCCGCACAGCUCAUUCUUUACGCAUUGUUCAGAAACGCUAAGCCAUCCGCCUCUGGUUUAAUUAACACUAAUACCACUAAUUAUGGAAGCCUGGAAGAAGGAGGGCAGCGUGAGCCCUUUAUUCCCACACCCCACCAAGAGAUUCGCUAG